AUGAGUCCGGCCGCUUUCCAACUCUGGAGGGAUUAUUUCCAGCUGGCCAAGUUGGUGGAAGAGAUGAACCGAUACGGCCCCUCCGAAGAAGAGUCCGGACCGCAGGCGGCGGAAUUGUCGCCGGAGCGGCAGCAGGAGCGCCAACUUUUCCCGCGGCGGCAGCAGCAGCAGCAACAGCAACAGCAACAGCGGCAGCGGCAACAGCUCGUGGACGAGUCUCCCUCGGCCGCGCGUGGGCGGGAUGAAUUCAGCUGUUCUUUCUGCAAGCAGAACGGGGAAUCGCGCUCCAUCUACAGCUCGCAUCGGCUGAAGGACGAGGCCGGCCGCGUGCAGUGCCCCAUUCUGAGAAAAUACAAGUGUCCUCAGUGCGGAGCUUCGGAGGACUUUGCACACACGAGGCGGUUUUGCCCUUUAACCAAGGAGGGUUACAUAUCUGUCUACACGAGCUUCAUCAGGAACUCUGCUGGGAAGAGGAAAAAAAAGGCAAGUCGUCGAAAACGCGAGCCGUCCUUGUUUCUCCCUCAAUAUAUACUUGAUAUUACUUUUACAAAAAACCCACCCUUUUCCCCUAUCCCAGAUUUGAAAGCAACCGAAAUGGAUCGGCAGCGGUUCCUAAUCUGUGAGUACCAGCGACUGCUUGUCACUACCCAAAGGAUCUAG